AUGGAUGCCAUAAAGGCCAGCCUCAAUGAACUCAUCCGCAACCCUGACCUCGCUCCUCUAUUCGCCAUCCUUAAAGGCGCUCGCAAUGGUGCGGUAUACGGCGCCAAAGUCCGAUUUCCACAUGCACUGGUGAUGAUAUUUUUGUUCCGGUCUGGAAGUCUAAAGAAAAAGAUAUGGAUGGUGUUGAACGCUACAAGGACACAUGCUCGAAACCUCGCCUAUUUUGCCGUCGUAUACAAGUCAUCCAUGUGGGCUUUGAAAUAUAUUGGCCCUACCGGCUGGGGUAAGGAGGGUCCAUAUGAUACCUUCCUAGCCGGCCUAUUAGGCGGAUAUCUUGUCUUUGGCAGAUCUCCAGGAGACGUCAGUCUACAGAUCGUCAUCUACGUUUUCGCACGAGUAAUGCUAGCCCUAGGGAGACUUUCCAUAGCACCCAACCAGCAUCCACUAUCGUUCCUCAUCACACCAAAGGCACGUGAAAACAUAAGUGAGGCAGCAUGGCCGUGUUUUGCCAGUUUAAGCUGGGCGAUGGUCAUGUAUAUCUUCCGCUGGCAUCCGGAAAGCAUUCAGAACAGCCUGAGAAGUAGCAUGACAUACAUAUAUGUGGAUUCCGAUUCUUUCGAUUCUAUCGAUACACUACUUAUUCGAAAUAAAUAA